AUGAUCCGCCCUUUCUUUGAAGGGCCAGGAUUUUUGGUCAUAAAUAAACCGCCUGGUAUCUAUACGCAGCCUCCUUCAUUCAGACAGGGAAAUAGAGACAAAUCCAACGAGCUGCUUCCGUUGCUUGAGAAACAACUUCAGACCACAUUGCGUCAGGUACAACGAUUGGACUAUGAGACCACCGGGGGCUUGGUCGUUUCAACCAAUAAAUACACAGCCCGUAUGUUUCACAGAAAUAUGCAAGCCUUGAGCAAUAAUAUUCUUGAUGGCAGACACAGAUCCUCUAAUAAAGGUUAUAUUUUAACAAAAAGAUACAUAGCACUACUAAAUAAGCCAGUGACUUCAAUUUACGAACAGCUUCCGAAAACUUCAGAUGGGUGGAGGUUGUUGGAGACCCAAGAUAUUGACGAAUCAAAUAGUUCUAGUAAAUUGCUGCUUUCAAAAGUUCGUACAAUAGAGUCCUGUCGUCCAAUGCAUGAUAAGUUCCCCUUGAUGUUUGAACUGAUCACCGGUAGGAAACAUCAAAUAAGAAGGCAGAUAAAACAGGUUUUCGGAACGACUAUUGUUAAUGACGUUAAAUACGGUGCUCAACUAGAGUUUCCUCAGUACCAUAAUCAGAUUGCUUUGCACAGCUGCUUUCUCAGUUUGAAAGUAGGACUUAAAAAGUUUCAGUUCGACAUUCCUUUGGAGUAUGGAAAAGAAAUGUGGAAAUAUGCUGGGUUGUCUAAUGGACCAUGGAAUGAGCUUUGA